GGCGGCGGGGCCGGGGUGGGUUGUUCUGGGCUGGGACCGGGCCGGUGUCCCGGCACAGCUCGAUCCCCCGCGGCCCAGGCCAACUUUUGCAGCACGGCUGAGCGCUGGGGUAGCCUGAGGCUACCGGAGGGGAGAUAACCCUCUCCCGCGCCCUUUUUGUGACUGGUGUCGUAUUUAAAAUAUACGAUAAAGACGGCAGAGCGUGUGUUUGUUUUGGAUCGUGUUAUUUUAUUAUUAUUAUUAUUGUUGUUGUUGCUGUUAAUUUCGCGUUAAAGCGGCGGGGCAGAACCCCUGGGGCGGUGCGGAGCGGGGCCUGGUGCUCUCCGCAAGGGGAAGCUGCUGCCUCAGCCUUCAGCCCUCGGUGCGAGCGCUGCGGUGCCGGCCGAGCUCGGGAUCCCUCAUUCGGGGCUCUGGAAGCGCUCGGAAUUCCCCAUUCGGGCCCAGGAAGGUUUGUGGAGACCCUCCAUCUGCGGGCUCUUCCCGGGGCUGCCUGGCUGGAGGAAGCACUGCUCCUUUGGGCCAGAUUCCAAGAUUUAAUCGUGAAAAUGCCAAUAAUAACGUUUUUAUACAUCUCACAGUUAAUGUAGGCAAUGGAAAGUAUUGCCCUAGGGGGUGUCCCAACCCUGGAAGUGCUCCAGGCCAGGCUGGAUAAGGCCCAGUGGGAGGUGUCCUUGCCCAUGGCUCACUAAAACUGAUGUUUGUGCUUUGGGCUUCUAAAUAGUGCUAAAGGUCUGCAGUUCCCAAGGCUUUUCAAGUUUAUGAUUGCUUAAGUACUUUUUGGAGAAUGUGAAUGAUUUCCAUCAGCUUGCAGAAUUUAAUCUGCACACCUCUUCUAAUAAAGGACUUGUGAGUUUUUUGUGCAUCUGUUCAUUCAAUUAAUGAAAUAAUCUUGAACUUUUUUGUAUUAUAAGAACAGUGUGACCCAAGUGCUCUGAAUUUGGUGGCUGACAGCAGCAUGAGGAUUAAUAAUGCACAGACUGUUGUCUCAUCUGUUUUUCUUCAAACCCUGAGGUAGAACUCCUGUCCUGGAGGUAACCUGAAAUCCAUAUGCCAAAGAUGCAGAAGGGCAACCGUCCUUACUAUAUUUGCAGUUUUACUGCAAAUUUCAUUUUUAUCCAGUCUUGGACUGAAUAUGGAUUCACAAAUGCUGAUGCUGCAGAUAACUUGGUACCAAUGAUGUCUCAGUCACGGGUUCUGCUGUCAUGCCCUCUCUGGAUUUGCCUGGUAUUGGUAAAUACCUGGGGGGCUAUUCAGUGCACUCUGGGUAAGGGUCACAGUGAUAUGUUACGAUAAGGCAAUUUUAUUUGUAGAAACUUGCAGGUCAGUCCACCUCCUGAGAGCAGUGCAGCAAAGGACUGUGUCGUAGAGCUUGUUUCUGGCUGUAUCUGUGGGUGCUUGUGCAGUGCUGCUCACCCAGGAGAAUCUCUCAAAUAUUUCCAACUGUUCUUCAAGAUCCACAUGAAUUUACUUGGCAAGUAAACGAUGGCAGCAAGAAAGCAUUAACUUUACAUACUCAUCCAAAUGCUUAUUUAAUUUGAUUUUGCAAUGUGCCUUUGGUCUUAGUUGCUGUCAAGCCAAAGACUUUGAGCCCAGGGCUCUGUGAGAGUGUUCCCAGCUCACAUAUGUGUAUUGACUUGUGGUUUAGCUCUGCUGCAAAGGACAAAUUUUCUCUUGACUUUGAAUUCUAAAAGCUUUUUUAGUCACUGAGUGCUCUACCUGGUUCUUUCUGCUGUCAGGUUACAAGUAGGGUACACUUGUAAGUAAAUACUAGUUUUCUUCAACUCCUUGCAGAAAUGGCUCAAGAAGAGAUGGAAGUUGAUCUCCAGCCCGUGGCUAGUUACUCAGUGGAGACUCUCCAGACGCUUGCCCCGGAGCCCUCUGGUCACACAGAGCUCUCCCACCUUCCCGUGCUCGGGGAAGGAGGAGGCAGCGCUGCAGCCCUUCCUGCUGACAAUGCUGUUGUCACACCCAGCGCUGGUACCACAAGGGGAGCAGCUGCAGAGCCUGACCUGCAGCUGAAUCCUGCCACGGCCCCCGAUGGGCUGCAGAGGCUGCAAGAGGCGUUAGAUCUGUACCAGCAGUCUGUGCCACAGCCUACACAGCGUCCGCAAGUGAGGAGAGCUCGCAGGCAGCAGAGAGUUGGUGGUUCCCAGAGGACCAUCAGUGCCAGGUCAGCAUUGGACCAUUACUUUCAACUCAGUAGGACCCAAGAGCCAUCUGCAGGACCAGCUCCACACCUAGAGUUCCCCCGUAUUGCAAGGGACACCCAAGAACAGCGCCCAGACGAGACAAUUGAAGUGAGUGACUCUGACAGCAGCACUUCUGAGGAGGAGGAGGAGGAAGCAGUGGAGGCAGCAGCACCACAGUUACCAUCAGCCCAGGAGACACCUCAAGCAGCGAGCUCAGGAGUUUCCAGUCAGGUCCAAGCAGAGCUGCCUCAAGCUUUGUCUCAAGCUUCUGCAGAACAUGAAAGUCAUGAAGAUGAAGCUGAAGUCCAGCAGAAGCAAACAACUCCACAAAAGAAACUGGAGCCAUCUAUUCCUGCUGCAUCUCUGGAUGAGGAGGAAGGAGAUACCUGUGCAAUCUGCUUUGAGCAGUGGACCAAUGCUGGGGACCACCGUCUGUCUGCACUGCGCUGUGGACACCUCUUUGGCUACACCUGCAUUGAGAGGUGGCUCAAGGGACAGGCAGGGAAGUGCCCUCAGUGCAAUAAGAAGGCCAAGCGCUCUGACAUCGUGAUCCUGUACGCGCGCACGUUGAAGGCGCUGGACACCAGUGAGCAGGAGCGCAUGAGGAGUUCUUUAGAAAAGGAGCAAAUGUUGCGGAGACAGGCAGAGCUGGAAUCUGCACAGAGCCGUCUCCAGCUCCAGGUUCUGACAGAUGAAUGCAGCAAACUCCGCAAGCAGGUUCAGGAGCUGAAAGCUCUGGUGGCCCAGUACAAUGUGAGCACUUCACAGCAGCCUGGCAGCUCCCGAACCUGCCUCCCAGGCAGCCUCCCCUCCAGCCAAAGCCAGCGCAAGUACCACUUGGAAAAGGUUUUUUUGGUGUCCCAGGCUGGGAACUGCAGAGUGAUGGCGUAUUGUGACUCACUGAGUUGUCUUGUGGUAUCACAGCCUUCUCCACAGUCUACUUUUAUUCCUGGUUGUGGUGUUAAGAUGAUGAGCUUGGCCAACCUGAAGAGCAGUCAGUAUGUUCCCAUCCACAGUAAACAGAUUCGGGGCCUGGCUUUUGGCACUCGAGCAGAUGGUUUGCUGCUCUCUGCUGCCCUGGACAGCACUCUCAAACUCACCAGCUUGGCAACAAACACUGUGGUGCAGACAUACAAUGCUGGCCGUCCUGUGUGGAGCUGCUGCUGGUGUCUUGAUGAUACAAACUAUGUCUAUGCUGGAUUGGUCAAUGGCUCUAUCAUGAUAUACGAUCUGAGAGACACAAAUUCUCAUGUCCAAGAACUGGUCCCUCAGAAGUCAAGGUGCCCCGUGGUGUCGCUGUCCUACCUGCCCCGGAUGGCCUCAGCCUCGCUGCCUUAUGGUGGAAUACUGGCUGGGACCUUGGAAGGAGCCUGCUUUUGGGAACAGAAAGCUGGCAACUCCUACCGGCCUCACCACCUGCCCCUGGAACCCGGGGGCUGCAUCGAUCUCCAGACAGAGAUCAACACACGGCACUGCCUGGCCACCUAUAGGCCUGGUAAAAAUAACCCAUGUGUGCGUUGUGUGAUGAUGGAACUGACUUGCAGCCCACUGACAGAGGGCUCAGAAGAUGUGGUGUGUUCUUCUAACCCGGUUCAGACUUUCAGUGCUGGGCCCACUUGCAAGUUGCUGACCAAAAAUGCCAUUUUUCAGAGCCCAGAGGAUGAUGGGAGUGUCUUUGUGUGUGCUGGUGAUGAGGCAUCCAAUUCUGCUCUGCUCUGGGAUGCUGGAAGUGGUUCUUUGCUGCAGAAGCUGCCAGCUGACCUGCCUGUGCUGGAUAUCUGCCCCUUGGAAGUGAACCAAAGCCACCUUUUGGCCACCCUGACAGAGAAGAUGGUGAAAAUCUACAAGUGGCACUGAGUUGUCCCUGUGCUUGCCAUAGACUGUCCAAAUAUGCUGCUGAUAAUAUUACACAACUACUCAGUCCUGCACUUGGUGCUUACCAGAGACAGGAUCCAUUUCAGCACCUUUCUUGCAGUGGGGAGGAACUGGGAUGUGCUGGUGCCCAGAGCAAUUCCUUCUUCUUCUGUAUUCCUCUUUAGGCCUGCCCUUAUUUCUUCUUUUGUCAAUUUUUUUUAGUCAAACUCCACAAACUGCCUCAGCACAGCAAUAAUUCCUGGAGUGUCUCCAGCGUGUGUUGCUGCACUUUUUUUUUCCACUGUGAAUACAGCACAGGGACUUUCAAAUAUCUGCUACAAAUGAAUAAAAUAAGAGGAACUUGAAGACCUGAGACUCCCACUGCACUUUCUUGUGGAAUCCUGCUGUGAUUACUGGUUGAUGAAAAGGCAUCUUGUAACAUUGCUGAUACAUAGUGUGAAAGCAAGUUCACUGCCGUGGGGAGCACAUUCCCUACAUUCUGUUGAAGGUCUAGGAUCAGUUGGCAGUUAUUCCCUAACAAGGAUGGAUCCUGUUUUGGGGCCAUGAAGAGAACAGGCUUGAAAAAUCCACAGAGAUCUUUUUCCUUUGUGUUUUUUUGUCCAUGAGCAUAUAAUUUGCACUGUAAUUCCUUAAUUCUCUGCUGCCUUUCCCUUCUCUCCUUCCUGCUUUACCUGCAAGCAAACUUGGACAGUUUGGCUGUGGAAAAUGAAAAUAGUACUGGAGAAGUACAGGUGAAGAAGAGGGAGAUGAUUCUUGUGCUGUUGGCUGCUGCACAGUGUUCUUUCUUAAAGACAGGAAUGUAGUGAAACAGCCAGUACAUUGGAAAAGAAUGCUGGCUGCUUCUGUUGUUUGGGGGUAGGGGAGUUGGCUUUUUUUCUGUGUUGAGGAACCAGUAGAAGCUCAGGGAUUUCAUCAGCUUAUUUUUAUUGACCUUUUGUCUUCCUUAAAUGACAGUUUACAGCUCCACAGAGCUGGUCACAGAGAGCUUCCAGUUGUGUUUGUGUAAGUGCUGCAGCCACUGGUUUGUGUAGAUGUGAGCCUGUGGGGUGGGACCACAGCCUGGGAUGUGUGGGCAGGCUCACCCGGCACCUUACUGUAAAUACUGUGGGCUGGGCCGUUCAUCUCCAGGUCAGAUCAAGGAGAGGGCCUUCAGUUCCAUUUUAUGUGUAACAAAGUCAAACUUGCAAAGAUGUUGGAAGCUGCAAGACAAGUUCCCUGUGCUAGAAGGUUAUCCCUCUGCCUCUGGACAUGGUGAGCAGCAGCUGUCCCAUUCAGAUUGAGCAUGCCACCACUUCAGCUGCCAGGAUAAUUUUAUUUGCUGAAGUCUGGGGCUUGCACAAUGUGAUCCUGUUUGUCUUAAAUGGGACUGAGACGAUCUCAACUUAACUUUAUAUUUUUCUGUAUUUUGUUCCUAUAUUUUUAUACUGUAAAAAUAAAGUGUUUAUAAUUAUCAAAUAUAAGUGGUGCUGCUCUACUUUGAAAACAGGUCUCAGUGACAUUCACUGCAUGCCUUAUGAACAUUACCAAGGGUUCCUUUAUGCAGGUGAACCUUCCCUUGCUUUGUAUUAUUUCCAGGUCACACUGAACUUCAGGCUGAAAUAAUGAAGGUAUUUAGUGAAUGAGUCCUCACUGCACCAUCCUGAUCCGGCCAGGUGAGGGGAAGGAAAAGGGUUGAUCAAGGUCAGGCUAUACACAUGGGAUGUCUUUUAAAUGAAAAUAGCUUACUGACAUGAGAAUUUUUGGCAUUUUAACAAUGACCAGGAACUAAGGGUUGGUAGAAUGAUAUUGUGAGAAGGUCUCUGGUAACAGCUAAACCAGAAGGAGCAGGAUGCUCUCUGCCAUAUUAGUACAAUGAGCUUCUUGUUCUCAGCUAUUUUGAGGUAUCAUUUAUGUUCUGUCAAUUCCAACCCCCCCCCCCCCAUCUUACCACAAGAAAUUUGGAAAGCUUU